UUCCUUGACUUCAACAUACAAGCAGGAAGACAUUUUUACACUGUUUACAAACAAGCUCAGGAGCCUCAACGCUUCAGCUUCAAUCUUCCUCCAGCCUUUCACGUUCAGCACCUCUAUAUGGCUUCUUCCAGAAUGGGAACAUGGAGAGUUCUGUUUAUCCUCCUACUACCAGAAGUGCUUGCUAAAUUCCAGUUUUCCAUUCCACACCCCGAGGUGAGCGCCUCCCUGCACACAGAUGUGCUGCUGCCCUGCACCUUUUCUGUGAAAAAUAGCAACAAUGGACUGAAGUUUGUAGUUAUAACUUGGAAAAGAAAUGGCAUUCAACUGGCUCAGUACCAGGCUGAGACAAUGAAAGACACCAGCAGGGCGGCGCUGUUGAUCAAUGAACUUCCAAAAGGUGACGCUUCACUGCUUCUUAGGAAUGUCACCGUUUCAGAUGAAGGAGACUACGAAUGUGAAGUGCAUGAGGCUCCAAACACAAGAAGUGGCAAUGUGUCACUCAAAAUUACAGCUACUCCUAAAGUUUUUGUGAAACCAUCUCUGUUGUUAGUGGAUGAAGAAAACUUUCUUGAGUGCCUAGUGGAAGGUUUUUACCCAAGAAACAUUUCUGUUGAGUGGUUCAAAGACUCCAUUUCACUUCCAAUACAGGAACCUCUUCAUUUUAAGAACAAUUCAGAUGGCACUUUCAGCGUAGUGAAUCACUACAACUACACCCCCACUAGCUCUGAUAUUGGUGGGAAUGUGACUUGCCAGGUGAUGUCUGGGUCGCAGCUCAGACACAUGGUAGAAAUUCCUUUUCAGAUUUGCAAGCUGACCAUUGAUGUAUCACCCAGAACUCUGAUUAAAGGCAAAGAAGAGAAAGUUACAUGCAAGUUGGACGGCUGCCACUUUAGUAGAGCCUUUGUGAGUUGGAAAAGAAAUAACAGGACUUUCACUGUGAUGCAAUGCCGUGGAACAAAGGAAUGUGAGAGUGAGACCACCUUUAAGAUAAGCACUGCAGCACAAAAAGAUGUGGACUACUCCUGUGAGGCUGAAGUAGACGGACUUGGCAAGCCACUGACUGAACGUGUCCUGCUAAAUCUACAAGGUAAAGGUGAGCCAUCCAAUUUAUUGUUUUGGAUAUUUGGAAGUAUCCAACUACUGCCAGUCCUACUGAGUCUGGCAGUUUACAAAGCAGGUCAAAUCUAUCACAACAGCAGUUUCACCAUGUCGGACAUUGAUGUAAUCCAUAUAGAUGAGAAGAUCAUCAUGACUUGCAGCUUUUCUGGAAAACAGUGGAAAUUUAAAGAAGCAAAAUGGAGGUGCAAAGUGAAUGGAGAAGAGUGGGAAGAAAUCCCAGCUGAUGACAGCACACAUGAUGAUGUACACAGUAGAGAGUAUGCUGUACGUGACAACUCAAGAAGAAGACCCUUACGAGACAAACAGGGACCUGUCCUGCUGAGCGAUCAGGAAACAAGCUCUGCCAUUUAUAAGCCCAAGGAACGGGAUCAGUUUCUGACUGUCCAGUGCCAAGUUACAGUUGUGUCUGCCAUUACUAGGAGAACACUGACCAAGAAGAAGGAAGCUCUUGUCCCAGUGCUGAGACAGGGAGAGUAGAAAGAUGACUUUAUACACACUCACAUCUUAUUAAGGAGGAUAUACGCAUUGAGCAAGGCCACCUUUAGUAUGCUGCUGCUCAAAUAACAAGCAAGUCAAUUAUUGACUUUCACUUUUUAAUUUUUAAAGGAUGCCUAACAACAAAAAAUCAUCUCACUGGUGACAUCUAGUAGAUAUUUAGGAAUUAUUGAGAAGCUCUUCAUCUGAAUGUAGACUCUGCACUUCAGAGACUCAAGGUGUCUCAUCAUGGUCCCCUUCAUGUUCAGGCAGGGUCCACCUUUAAUCCUGGGAACCAUCUUUUGGUUACAUUACAUGGGACCAGAUGAGUUUAUUGAAAAUGGAAAUACUGUAGUAUAUUACUUAAAUACGAAUCAAUGUUAAACAACUCAGCAUUUUCCCCCUAAAAUAUUUUAUAAACCAAUGUAACACAUUUAAAUCAAUGUAAUAUUUGUCCAGUCAGAUUAACAUGCAAAACUAAUCCAAAGAUUUUGUAAAAUUGAGAUCAGUUUUCCAAUCACUACGAAAAACAGUUCAACAUUUUCUGUUGGUGCCAAUAUGUUCACUAGCUACCAUGUGACCCUUAACUGGUAUAAGCAGCUAUGACAGUUGAUUGAUAAUAUAUAUUUUUUAUUCCAUUUAUUUAUUUAUUUAUUUUAAAGCACAUGCAUAAUUCUGCUACAGUUCCUGAAUCAAGUAUUUUUCGAAUAAUACCUAAUUUAGUACAGAGGCUUCAAUAACCAAGGGCCACCGUUACUCAAUCUCAGUCUGAGGGUCUAGUAUCUGCAAUCAACACAAGUCCCACCUCUUACUCAUGUGUUUUCAGA